AUGAUGCGACACAUUAUGAAUGGGAUCGAGGCCAAGCUGGACGCACCUAUGCCCGAAAUCCGUGACAAGAAACACACUAUUAAGCUUUAUAAUAUUGGAUACGGUACACUGCGGUUAAAACCAAGCAAACGUAAGCGAAAAGCUGAACAGCUUAAGCUUACAACUGUUUUGAGACUCAUCCGACAAGCCGAU